AUGAAGAUCACCAGGAUAGCAGCGACUGCAACCCCUACAUCUGCCGUCGCCCACCUCGCCGACGCCCACGGUCGCCUGGUGUCGCCUCCGCACCGCGGGUACAUUGGCAAACUGCCCCAAUACAAGGGCCUGGUUCCCAUCAACUACAGCGACAACGGCCUGAGCGCCGGCGGCAUUGGCCAGACCAGCGGCGGCAAGAACGGCAUCUGCGGCGACCCGUACACGGGCGUCCGAGAGCACGAGACCGGCGGCGUGUAUGGUCGGUUCCCCCAACACCGCGAGAAGGUCGUGGGGGCGUGCUACGCGCCGGGGUCGACCAUCGACGUCCAAGUCCAAUUGACGGCCAACCACAAGGGGUACUUUGAGUUCGGUCUGUGCAAGCUGAACCACUUGAACGACAAGGAGACGGAAGAGUGCUUUCAAGCGCUGGCCGAGCCGUCAGGGUUGAAGGAGUGGCAAGUGCCGCCCGGCAACGGCUUCUUCGACAUCCAGUACGUCCUCCCCAGCGGCGUCACGUGCGACGGCGACUCGCACUGCGUGCUUCGCUGGCAUUACACGGGCUGGAACAACGCCGGCGUGGGCGCCCUUGGCCAAGAACACUUUUGGAACUGCGCCGACGUGUACAUCAGCAACACGUGUGGCGCAUCCAACCCGACCCCGUCCAGCGCCAAGCCGUCCACGUCGGCGGUGGCCACGCAGCCUCCCAGGCCCACGCAGCCCCAAGCCCCCAGCACGUCCAAGCCGACCAUCCCCACGCAGCCUCCCCAGACCAGCGCGCCGUCCAACCCUACGCCAGCCCCCGUACCGGGUCAGUGUGGAACGUGCGCCAACUGCUACUACGCCCCCACCAACGCGUGCUUUGCCGGGUGGUCUGCCGCCCAAUGCGCUCAAGUGCCUGUGUUUAAGUGGUGCGGAGUCUAGAGAUCUUGGGUGGCCCUGUGGACUGUAGAUAUAUUAUCUCGAUGUGUAAGUAUGUAAUUCACGGCUAGAGCUGUUUGAAUCAAAUUUCUUCGACUGGAG